GGAAUCAUCAGUGCUUGGAGGCGCACGUUGCCGCCAAUCCCAUGGCCAGUACAGGUGACGGCGCUUGCACGCAAUGGGAGGCGGACAAGUUCUUCUUGCGGGAGGCCGCCACCAGCAUCCACCGUCGGCAUGCACGCCAGACCCGGGAUGGGCUGCAUGGCGUGGUGCUGGCCGCAGACGCGGCCGCUGCCCUGGCCGACCGGCCGGGUGCCAGCGCCGCGCAGCGUCAGGCUGCGGCCAUGGCCAACUUGGCGGUGCGGGAGGAGCGGGCAGCUGCCGCAGCGGCCAGCCACAAUGCACGCGCUGCACUGAUGGAGGAGCAUGGGGAGCGGGGCACUCGCUGGUUCCAUCGGCAGGCUGACGAGCCAGCAGCCGGCGCGCAGGAGCCCAUCACGCACUUGAAGGUGCCGGGGCAACCGGCGCCUGUGGCGCUCACGGGGCCGGGCACGCGCAACACUGUCUCCGCCGCCGCCGCAGCCAUGUACAGCAGCACCAGCCCCACCGGCCUGUUCCGCGUGCAGCCGGUCUGUACGGCGUCGCAGCAACAGCUUCUGGCGGCCAUUGACCGCAAGGUUCCGGCGGAUCUGCAGGCCGCCGCAGAGGGGUCCGGUGACGGCGCCCUCAGUGAUGCCGAGCUGAUGGCAGCGCUGGCUGGCUCCGCCAAUGGUAAAGCGCCUGGGUCGGACGGGGUCCCGUACGAGGUGUACAAGGUUUUCUGGGCGCUGCUGGGUCCGCGCUUGUGUGCUGCUGCUGCCGCUGCCUUUGCUGCCGCUGCAGACGCCCACGAUGGCGGUGAAAUGGCGGCGGCGCUGCCCGCCUCCUGGCGGGAGGGCAUCAUCACGCUCAUCUACAAGGGCAAAAGCCUGGACCGCGCCGAGCUGGCGUCCUACCGGCCCAUCACGCUGCUCAACUGCGACUUCAAGAUGGUGUCCAAGGCCGUCAGCGCCCGCCUGCAGCCCGCCCUGGAUGCAGUUGUGGAUGAGCUGCAGACCGCGUUCAUCACCGGCCGCUGGAUUGGAGACAACGCGCUGUACCUCCAAGGCCUGAUUGAAUGGAUGCGACUGGACGUGGGCGCGGACGGCACGCCACGGCAGGGUGGUGCGCUGUACUUCUUGGACAUCGAAAAGGCGUAUGACCGGGUGCACCGGCAGUGGCUGUAUGCGUCCGCGGAGGGUCUGGAGUUUGGGCCGCGCAUGCUGCGCUGGAUCCGCCUGAUCACCGCCAAUGGCUCUGCCCGCGUGUGUGUGAACGGGAUGCUCUCUGACGCCUUCCCAGUGCUGAACGGCUUGCCGCAGGGCAGCACCGCCUCACCACCCCUGUGGGUCAUCCAGAUGCAGCCACUGACGUCCUUUCUGCGGCGGCAGGUGGAGCAAGGGGCACUGCGCACGCCCCUGUUACCCAGCGGCGAGCAGGCGCCGCCUGCUGCCCACCACGCUGACGACACGACCCUCACGGCGCGCGACCCGGCAGUGGACGGGCCGGUCCUGAUGGCGGCAGUACAGCUGUUCUGCCGCGCGUCCAACGCCCGUGCCCAUCCGGACAAGAGCAAGGCCAUGGGCCUUGGCAGGUUUGCGCACCUGACGGGCCCUUGCCCACACACGGGGGUGCCGUUUACCACUGGCGCCGUGACGCACCUGGGUGUGCCUCUGUCGUGGGACUCUGAUGCGGCUGCAGCUGAUCUGUUCACCCGGCGGGCUCGCGGCAUGGCGUUUGUGGCGCGUCUGUGGGCUGCCCUGUCUCUGACCCUGGUUGGCCGUGUGCACAUUGCGAAGCAGGUGCUGGCGGCGAAGCUGGCCUACCACUUCAGCUUCCUCAACCCGUCGCCUGCGCAGCUGAAGGAACUCACCGACCUGGUGGACCACUUUGCUGCGCGCUCCGUGCACGCUGAGGAUGCCAGCCUGGUGUCGCAUGGGAACCCGCUCCUGCUGCCCAAGCGGGAAACGGCCUGUCUGCCGUACAAGGAUGGGGGUGUCAACCACGUUGACCUGCCUGCGUUCCUGUCUGCCCUGCAAGCUAAGACUUUCGCCCUCCUUGCCCAGCCAGGCCGGCAACCCUGGAAGACGCUCACCCGGGCGCUGCUUACCCAUGUGCGCCCGGACUCCGCCACCACGUGGGCGUGGGUGUACAGCGACGCGCCGGCGCCAGCGGGGCUGCCUGCCCGGCUGGCGGCCGCAGUCGGCCACGUGCGGAGCGCGGGUGUGGAACAGCAUCCACCGCAGCCAGCCACUCAGCCGCCAGCGGCGCCGCCACAGUGGCGGGUUAGCCUGGACCAGCUGUGGGUGGCGAACGCUGCGGGGGCUGUGUCCUACGUCCACUACACGGGGCGGCUCUUGGAGCCUGGACCUGGCGUGCUGCCCCCGGCGGUGGAUGGGGCGUGGCAGCCUGCCUGUGUGCUGCAGCACCGCAAGCCGCGGCACCUGUGGACCUUUGAAGAGCGGGCGGCGUACGAUGCAGCAUCACCAGGGGACCGGGCGGGGGCGUGGCCUCGGGCGCCGUACUUCCUGGCGCCGGAGGCUGGGGUGGUGGUGCACCCAGAGCGCUGCCGGAUUGCGAGGACGUGGCUGCAGCAGCUGUGGGCCUGCGUUGCGCCCCAGGCAGCGGCGCCGCCAGUGACGGACGCGGGCUUCAUGCUGGGGGACCGCAUGGGUAUGUGGGCCUCAGGCCCGCGGGGGGCGGGCGCGCUGCUGUGGAGCACUUUGCGGGCCACCUUCUUGUACGCCGUCUGGUGUGCGUACUGGUCCCGCGAGCCUGCUAAGCAGACGUCGGAGCAUGUGGUUCGGGAGGUGGUCAGCGAGCUGCGCAGGGUGAUGCAGCUGCGUUUCACUGCCGCCACGCUAACCCCUGAAACCCUGUCGGCUCUGCCCACACAGCUUCUCACCGCACAGCUCAAGGCGGCUAAGCUGGAGCACUUUGUUGCCAUCUGGUCGGCGGGUGGCGCGCUUUGUGAAGUGGAGGAGGUUCAGGGUGGGUCACCGAAGUUGAACUUGCGGCUGACGCUUGCAUCACCUGUGCAGGCCCCCUAGGUUUCCUUUUGGGCGGCGUUUCUUUCCAAGCGCUGGCGUGGUGUACUAUCGUCAUCAGCUUAUCUGGCGCCCAUGUGUUUUAGCUCUGGCUGGCGUCACAGCGCCUGGGCGGCUGUGGGACUUCCUGCACAGCGCGUCUUGCAGCGGGCUGGAGCCCACUUUUUUUUUUUGAGGAAUCAUCCUUACAAGGUU